UUAAGCCACACUGUGCAACUAGUCAUCCCACUAGAUGCUCAUUAACCAUCAGCAUUGUUGAUUGUUGGAGACCAGUUUGCUUAUAUACACUGACAUUUUCUCCUUGAUCGAUAAUUUUCUACUCAAAAACUUGGUUCACUUGUACAUUUGUUUUGUCUAAAAUUUUUUUCCAUUUUUUAUUUUGGUUAAUUCAAGUUAAUCACUGCUAAUUGAUUUAAACAUUAAAAAUGUCGACAAAAGAAAAUCCAUAUGAUUCACUGUUAAUGAAAAAUAUCAAUGUCGAUGGCAAACAAUAUCGUUUUUAUGAUUUACCAUCAUUGAAUGAUUCACGUUAUGAAACAUUGCCAUUCUCAAUUCGAGUACUAUUGGAAUCUGCAUUACGUUCAUGUGACAAUUUUCAUGUCAAACGUGAAGAUGUGGAAAAAAUUCUGGAUUGGAAACAACAACAAUUCAACAAAGUGGAAAUACCAUUUCGGCCAAGUCGUGUAUUACUUCAGGAUUUGACUGGCGUUGCUGCCGUUGUUGAUUUUGCUGCCAUGCGAGAUGCAUUCAAUGAACUAAAAGGUGAUCCAAAUGUAAUCAAUCCACUUUGUCCUGCCGAUUUGGUUAUCGAUCAUUCUGUACAAGUGGAUUUCGCUCGAGUAAAUCAACAGGUUUUACGUCAACAGAACUCAAAACAACAAUCAAAAAUGAAACAUGAACAUUCCAAUAAUAUUGAUCUAUGUGAUGACUGCCAUAAUUUGGGCUACUGUCAAUAUCAAGCUUCAUUGAUAAAAAGUCCUGUUCCAUUACGGAAUCCAUCCUCAUCAUCGCCAUCAUUAUCUUCUAAUCAUAAUGAUAAUAAUGAUCCUCGAUCGUCAUCUCAUCAUCAUAAUCGUCAUCAUCAUAAUAAUCGCACAAAAUUACGUUCAUCAUACAAUCAACAGAGUUAUAUUCCCGAUAUUGAGAAUCUAACCAUAUCAUCAAUGCCACAAUUUCAUAGUGCCUCUUCCAUAAAUAAUAAAGAAUAUUGUCCUCAUCGUGAUACUAAAUUAAGAGAUAAAAAUUGUCCCUUCCAUCGUCUAGUCUCUAUUGGUGCUGGUUCGUUGUCCAAAAAUGAAGAUCUUGAAUUUCAACGUAAUCGUGAACGUUUUGAAUUCUUAAAAUGGGGUGCAAAUUCCCUAAAAAAUACGAUGAUUAUUCCACCUGGCUCCGGUAUUUGUCACCAGGUCAAUUUGGAAUAUUUGGCUCGUGUUGUGUUCAAUAAUGAUGGUGGUCUAUUGUAUCCAGACAGUUUGGUCGGUCUCGAUAGUCAUACAACAAUGAUUAAUGGUCUUGGUGUUGUUGGUUGGGGUGUUGGUGGAAUCGAAGCCGAAGCUGUCAUGUUAGGUCAACCGAUUUGUAUGGUUUUACCCGAAGUUAUUGGCUAUAAAUUGACUGGGAAAUUGCCAUCGUUCGCAACUUCCACCGAUGUCGUUUUGACCAUCACUAAAUGUUUGCGACAAGUUGGUGUUGUUGGAAAGUUUGUAGAAUUUUUUGGUCCCGGUGUUUCUGAACUUUCAAUCGCUGACCGUGCUACCAUUGCCAAUAUGUGUCCUGAAUAUGGUGCUACCAUUGCUUUUUUCCCGCCCGAUUCGACAGCGAUGAAUUAUCUACAACAAACCGGUAGAGAUGAACAUGCCAUCAAAUAUAUUGAAUCAUAUCUCAAGGCCAUCAAAUUAUUUCGCAAUGAUUAUAAUGAUGCUGGUGAAGAUCCAACCUAUACACAGGUCUGUGAAUUAGAUUUGAGCACUAUCAAAAUCAGUCUGAGUGGACCGAAACGACCACAAGAUCGGGUACCGGUGGAUGAAAUGAAAAAAGAUUUUGAACAAUGUUUGCUUGAUAAAGUUGGUUUCAAAGGAUAUGGCAUUGCACCGGAUGCAUUAGAGAAAUCAAUGGCAUUCAAUUUUGAAGACAAACAAUAUGUUCUAUCACAUGGAUCGGUUGUCAUUGCGGCCAUCACUUCAUGUACGAAUACAAGCAAUCCUUCGGUAAUGUUGGGCGCUGGUUUAUUGGCCAAGAAAGCGGUGGAAAAGGGACUGACCGUCAAACCAUACAUCAAAACAAGUAUGUCACCUGGUAGCGGUGUGGUCACUUAUUAUCUUCGUGAAUCUGGUGUCACUCCAUAUCUGGAAAAACUUGGUUUCGAUAUCGUUGGCUAUGGUUGUAUGACUUGUAUCGGUAAUAGUGGACCAUUACCACAAGAAGUUGUUGAAGCCAUUGAAAAAGGUGAUUUAGUUGCUUGCGGUAUUUUAUCGGGCAAUCGAAAUUUCGAAGGCCGUGUACAUCCCAACACACGGGCAAAUUAUUUAGCUUCACCAUUAUUGGUUGUUGCUUAUGCUAUUGCUGGUACCGUGAGAAUUGAUUUCGAAACUCAACCGAUCGGAUUCGAUAGUUCGGGUGGCAAAAUAUUUCUCCGUGAUAUCUGGCCUUCACGGGAAGAAAUUCUCCAAGUUCAACAACGAUCUGUUAUUCCGGCUAUGUUUAAAGAAGUUUACUCGAGAAUCAAAACUGGAAAUGAACGAUGGAACAGUUUGAAAGCUGUCGAAUCUUUGCUCUAUCAAUUUGAUCCGAAUUCGACUUAUAUCAAAAAACCACCAUAUUUCGAUGGAAUGACCAUUGAAUUACCGACAAUCAAGCCUAUUAACAAUGCUCGAGUCUUGCUAUAUCUAGGUGAUUCGGUUACUACCGAUCAUAUUUCUCCGGCUGGUUCGAUUGCCCGCAAUAGUCCUGCAGCCAAAUAUCUGAUGGAACGAAGCAUCCAACCUUCUCAAUUCAAUUCGUAUGGAUCACGAAGAGGCAACGAUGCCAUCAUGGUUCGUGGAACUUUUGCUAACAUUCGAUUGGUGAACAAGUUUAUGUCGAAACCGGGACCCCAAACCAUACAUAUUCCAAGUGGUCAAGAAUUGAGCAUAUUUGAUGCUGCUGAACUUUAUCGAAAAGAAUCGAUUCCGUUGAUAAUCUUGACUGGAAAAGAUUAUGGCUGUGGAUCCAGUCGUGAUUGGGCUGCCAAAGGUCCAUGUUUGCUUGGAGUUCGAGCCAUUAUUGCUGAAAGUUAUGAACGAAUUCAUCGAAGUAAUUUGGUGGGCAUGGGAAUAAUGCCAUUGCAAUUUUUAAAUGAUCAAAGUGCCGAAUCCCUUGGUCUAACUGGGCGUGAAAUCUUUUCGAUUGACAUUCCGACCGAAUUGAUGCCACGACAGAAAACAACUGUUCAUGCUGAUGGUAAAACAUUCGAGGUCAUCAUGCGAUUUGAUACCGAAGUUGAAUUGGAAUAUUUCAAAAAUGGUGGCAUCUUGCAAUAUAUGCUACGACAAUUAUUGAAAAAGACAUAGAAAUGCUUUAACCUAUGUUCGUGAAUGAAAAUGAUGAGGAGAAUGGAUUCGAUAUUAUUUCAUUCAUAAUUAACCAAAUGACAAAUGUCCAAUUUAUGCCUUAUUUUUUUAAGUUAUCAUAGAAAUGCAUUUUCUAAUAAAAUUUAAUGAGCAUACAAAAUGAA